AUGCAAGUGCGUAUAUGUGUGGUGGCCCAUGCCGGCGUGGCGGGACACCGGAGAGUGGAAGCGACAACGGCAUCUGUUGCGGAGAUGUUUGAUUGGCCUACCCUGAAGACCGACGGGAAGAACUUCGUCACUGCCUGCCUGCAUUGUAUGGUGGUCGAUGGUGAGUCGGUACCCCGUCCCUGGGGUGAAGAGCUGCAUGCUACGAAGCCAAAUGAGUUGAUUCAUUUCGAUUGGCUGUCGCUCCCGGAGGCUCCGGGAGGCCUGAAAUACGUCCUGGUCAUCAAGAAUGACAUAUGCGGAACCUGGGUAUCCGACUCUGGGUCCCAUUUCAAGAACGAACAGGUCAGUACCCUGGGUCGUAUGUUUGGUGUUCAUCAUCAUUUUGUCACACCACACUGCCCCUGGGCCAACGGGACAGUUGAGGUGGUGAACCAGAUCGUCGACCGGACCCUAAAGACCAUGUGCAGCGAGAUGCGCUUGCAACCCGGAGACUGGCCGGGGGUGUUACUCAUCGUACAGUCUGCCCUGAAUCAGCAGUCGGCCGACCGUUUGGAUGGCUCCCAGGCGAUAUGCCACGUGACAGAGCUCGUAGAUGCCCUGGGAGUUAUGCACAAGCACGUGGCAGAGACGGCGGCAGCAAAGCGCGCUAAGGCCUGGGACCGUCGUGAUGGCCAACGUUCAGUGAAGCUGUCGAAAUUUACGCUAGGCGAUUUUGUUUUGGUGGCCCGGGCUCUCCAGCAUCCGGGAAAGCUAACGUUGCGUUGGAAGGGACCCUUUCGGGUCGUGAAGGUGGUCUCCGACUACCUGAUGGAAGUCCAGCAGCUGGUGCCUCCGGGAGCGACGUCCCUGCACCAUGCGUGCCGGCUCCACCUGUACUGCGAGGGCGGACGUGAAGUCAAUGAUGAUUUGAAGACCCAAAUCGCGUUCGGCGAUGAAGGUUUUUACGUGGAAGACCUCCGGGACCUGCGUCUGCGAGAUGGGGUCUGGGAAGUCCUGAUCAAGUGGCUUGGCCUAGACGAUCUGGAGUCGUCCUGGGAACCGGUCCUAUCGAUCUACGAAGACGUUCCCGUGCUAUUCCGUCGCUGGACCAAGGCUCGGAGCAACGAAGACGGCGUGAGCGAAAUGGUUGACGAUCUCACGAGGCCACCCAAUGUAGGGGGGGAAGUGUUAUCGGCCGAGCCUCUCAACCAGAAUUUCUGGAAGGCAAGCUACGGGAAGUGCAGCGUGCCGAGGGCUACGACCGGUCGUGAGCUCACGGACGACCAAAGGUCGGCCAUUUACCGCCGCCUCCUCCAACUCAAGAAGGACGGACGCGUGGAUAAAGGCGACAUGAAGAAGUUGAUGUUGGAGUUCAAUGUCAGCCAACAAACGGUUUCGCGCAUUUGGAAGCGCGGUUGUGACGCAGCUGCUGCAACCGGCUGCGCCAAAGUAUCGUCCAUGAAGAAGGGCGGAUGA